CAGAAAUCUUAUCAGAGACAUCGUCUAUCUCGUCGAGUAAUCGUGUUUGACUGAUUCACAGGGUGAAAGGUAUUUUUAUGCUUGGAUGUUUUUGUAAGAAAAAAGGUUUUGAAGAUACAAAGCAUUGAAUACAGUGGUGUGAUAUGUUUUUGAAGUAUGUAAAGAAAUUGAUAAUCUGUGAGUGACGGUGGUCAGUUGAAGUCUCAAAUAAUACAGGUAGGGAAGACAGUAAUUUUUCGACGUUAAUUAUCGGCGAAGGAAAAAUGAAUUAUUUUAAAAAAUUGGAAGACUUAUCGAAGACGGGAAUAGAAACUGUGCAGUGAUCGUUUGGUUUAAAGCACGAAAAUGGAUGCUUCACUGGCAAUAUCCGUUCUCAAUAAUUCGAGUCUUUAUCCGCGAAGAAAUUGAAUGUUAAUUUAUUAAGGAGAAGGAAGAAGAAAGGAAAAUUAUCUUUCUUCUCGCAAAUUCCUAUUGAUCGAAGGCAAAAUGGCGAAUGGCGGUCACGGUGUGGUUGUAAACGGGGUUGGUGCACCUGGUGCUGGCACCCUUUCGAGGGAAGAAAGACGUCGACGCAGAAGAGCGACGCAAAAAUAUCGAACUGCACACGCCACGAGGGAAAGGGUUCGAGUAGAAGCUUUCAAUUUAGCCUUCGCAGAGCUUCGGAAGCUUCUGCCAACUUUGCCACCGGACAAGAAACUCUCGAAGAUCGAGAUCCUACGACUGGCCAUCUGCUAUAUCGCCUACUUGAAUCACGUCCUCGAGGCUUGAACCGACCAGGAGUCACUCUAUUUUUGCAAAACCUAAUCCUGUGUCAUCCGGCAUGACACUUCAAUCACGGCAGAAGAAAGUAUAAACCUUCCCAGUUUUAAUAUUUUAUUAAUAUACAUAUACGUAACUCGAUCUUUUGUAGAUAAUCGAAUUGAUAGGAACUUGUAACAAUUAAUCUUAUUAAUGCGAUAUUUAUGCUGCAAAUGUAUAUUAAAUUAAUACGAAUCGCUUUAUCACUCUUCUUAAAUACCACGAAAAGAUUGCGAUUAAGAAACACUCUCAUAGAAGCUGUGUUUAUCGUGAAAUAUUUUAUACAUUUUGGAUAUUCCAAUCUCGUUUCUUAAUUUCCCACGUAAAAUGAAAAUAACCAGGCAUUUCUGUUAAAGCGUUAAUAAGACUUUGUUAAAUGAUAUUAAUAUUUUGUUGACUGACCGUUUUAUAUAAAAUCUAACAAUUUAAUUUUAUGCAUGAAAACACGACGAAUUUUUCUCGUGACCGAUCAACAAUGCGUUAAAAAGCGAUCAUCUCAAAUUUAUAGAACUAAUUUCUCGUAAAGAAGAACCUGUUCCAUGAUAAUUCCUAUCACUGUCAUAGUAUUUCAAUCGUUUCGAGUGUCGCAUACUCGAAGGAUAUUCAAGUGCAACUAUUCGAAAUUGCCCGGAAGAAUGACCGAAACUCUUAAAUCAAUCUCGUUCCGUGAAUUAGCCCGAUUCCCGAGGGAUCUUCACGCCCCACGAGUCCACGUAUCCUAAAUUCUCCGUUCUGUUCGCAUAGUCGUACAAUCGAACUCACCGAACCUCCCUAUUUACCGACCAUCAUCGAACGAAACAGACUUUUCGACUGUAACACAACGAGGCGAGCUGUAACUUCACGGCUCGUCGAUUUCGCUUCUCGUUUCCAUCUUUUUUUCUGCAAUCCAUUUCCACGAAAUUCGACGUGAGAAUAAUGGGAGUGGAAUUUUUAUGGAGUUUUGCUUGGUCAAAGUGCAUUAUGAUAAUGAAUCGCACUCGAUUUUCUUUGCGAGGGAAGGAUCUCUCACAAGGUACAAUGUUAACUUUCUGUUUUCGUAUAUUAGUAUAUCCUUAGGUUGCUGUGUUCAUCGUUAAGAGAAUAAUUAAAUAAGGAUAAUAAAUAAUCAGGCGAGGCAACGAAGAUGAUAAAAUAAAACGAUCGUAAAAAGACGUUGAACCUUAGAGGUUGAUCAGAACACGUAUCGGUUGUCUCGUGAGAAAUGAGAUAAAAAUAAGAAAUAUUCCAUUAUCCAUUAUGGUUCUCUUUUACUUGUGUUAGUCUUAAACGAAGCUCUACAAAUUUCAUUUUUGCUUUCUCACGAAUUUCAUGCGAAAAAGUUUCUUUACCUCGGCGCUUUCGCCACGACAUCCUCGGAACUGAGAACGCUUUUGCUACACAAGUUGAAACAAUUUCUGUUAGUAAGGAAAAAAUAUAC